AUGUCUGACCAGCUAGAAGUCAACUCAGAGCAUCAUUUCGACCACUCAGCAUGGGAAACGCCUGAUCCGGGCUUUUGGACCAAGCACGACUACAUUGUCGUUCGUGCCGACGAGCGCGGGCUUGGACAAUCGCCCGAUUUCCUAGACACCAUCAAGUCAACGCUAUACAGGACCCUAAAAAGGACAGGCUUAGGCCAUUUCCGCUGCAAAAAGCGUCCAAAACUGAAUCGUAUAAGGGCGCGUGCCCGCCUAAGGUUCUGUAAGGAGUACCGCAACUUCCCUUGGCGCCGCCGGCCGCUCAAGUUUUCAGACGAAUGCUCCGUUCAGGUGGGUUCUGGAGCCUCCGCCGAAUGGUGUUUUCGAUACGAAGCUGAAAAAUGGAGCCACAGGAUGAUCACAGAGACUACAACAGCUCGUCAGCGCGCCCAGAUGGUGUGGGCGGCGGUGUGGCUAGAUAGAAGGGGUCACCCACAGCGGAGUGAAUUGAUCAUUAUGGAGAGGGACCCCAAUGCAGCAAAAGGUGGCUACUCCGGUCAAAGUUACAUCCAAACGCUUCGGCGAGGACUACUACCUCACUGGCGACGGUCUCAGCUGUUCAUGCACGUUAAUGCUCCUAUCCAUAGGGCUCGUGUAGUGGCGGAGUUUAUGAGAGUGAAGGACAUCCGGCCGAUUGAAUGGCCAGCCUAUUCACCAGAUCUUAACCCUAUCGAACACUUGUGGUGGGUGCUAAAAAAGCGAGUUCACGCCUAUUAUCCGCAGUACAGCCGCUUAGAUCACACCGCUGAGCAGUGGGAGGCAUUUUGUGAGGUUCUGAAAAAGUGUUGGCGUGAAAUACCCAGCCCGCUGAUCACGCGACUCAUUGGCUCUAUGCCACGACGUAUAGCUGCCUGUACAAAAGCUGGCUCGGAGUUCAAGUACUUGAGAAUGAUCACAGGACGACAUGGUCUACCUUUCUUGUAUAAGGAAGAAGUCGAGAUUCAGCGUAGCUUCCUCGAUGCGUUCCUCAAAAGUGACGAUCGUGUGGGCUGGUCUGUCAAGGGCAAACUCCCACCAGUUGAUAUCGUUUUGAGGAAAGGCGACGUGGGUUUUGACAAUGCCGAGAAGGAGAAAGCGUACAAGAGGCGUACUGAGAACGAGUGGCUCAUCGCGCCGCUCGGUACUCUUGACAACCCCAAGCUUCUCCAGUUCACGACUGCGCCCUUCGACGAAGAAAUCGAAAUUACCGGCCACAUCGUCGCACACCUUAACGUCUCCCUCUCUCCAUACGCCACUGGUGCUACCCCUUCAGAUAUUGAUCUCUUCCUCACACUCCGUUACAUCUCUCCAGAGGGCAAAGAAGUGCACUAUACCGGUACCGCAGGCGAUCCUAUACCUCUUGUGAAAGGCUGGCUACGUGUCAGUUUCCGCAACACGAAUCCCAACCACCCUAAGCAUCGCGAAUACCUACCCUGGCGCGACUACUUCAGCACUGAUGUACGGCCUGUCAUUCCAGGUGAUAUCUAUUCAGUUGAUGUCGAAGUAUGCCCAACCAAUGUAGUGGUUGAGAAGGGGAGCAAGAUCGUGUUCGAGGUUAGUAGUGGGGACACACAGGGAAGUGGGAUCUUCCAGCACAAUCACCCUCAAGAUGGGAGUGAGGAAGUGUUUGCUGGGUUCAAUCAUUUGCACUUCGGCGAGAAGUUUGUCAAUUACGUCACGUUGCCGAUUGUACCGCCGAAAUGA